AUGAUCGUCGGCAUCGCCCACGUCAACUUGACGGUUACUCCGGGAACGCUGGAGCAGGCAGAGGAAUUUUACGGCACAACCUUGGGAUUAACCUCUGCACCAGUACCUGAGCUCCAAGUAGGAACUAUUCUGUGGUUCAAUAUUGGCUCCAGCGGACAGCAAAUCCAUGUCACUUGUGGCCCGACAGAUCCCCAACAUAGCCGACACCCAUGCUUCAAGCUUCCGUCUCAAGAAGAGCUAGAGUCGAUCAAGAAAUCCAUAUACGACCAUCAUGUGCGGGGCGGUCCCGCGGCUCCGAUGGCUGCAGACAAGCCGGGAGAACUGAAUUCCGGCACUAAGGGAAAGGAAUACCCCGAGCGCUUCUUUGCGCGGGAUUACGCGGGUAACCUGCUUGAAUUUACGAUCUAG